AUGUACCAAGUAUUAUCAUGUGGUUCUAAUGGAGAUUAUCAAUUAGGACAAGGGAACGAUGAAGAUCAAUCGAUUUUGAAACCCAGUAUUUUUCGAACUAUUGAAAAUGGUAAUGAUCAUUAUAGUACAACUAUAAAUUCAAAACCAGUAGAGAUUGCAUGUGGUGGAAAUCAUACCAUUAUCCGAAUGUUUGAGGGGACUAUAUAUUCUGCUGGCUCAAAUACUUUUGGUCAGAUAGGUAAACCAAUAUCAAUCAAGAAUGAUCAAACUUUUAGUCAAGUAAAAUUUGAAAAAAAGAUUAAGAAAAUAGCUUGUUGUUGGGAGUCUUCAUUUAUAAUCACUGAGGAUGAUGAAAUUUAUAGUAUAGGGAAGGGAUUAAAGGGUGAAUUAGGUUUAGGAAAAGAUGUUACAGAGACAAGCGAAUUUAAGUUGAUAAAAAAAUUCGAUAUUCCAAUUUUAGAUAUACAAGCUGCCAUGAAUCAUGUUGUUGUUAGAUUAGCUGAUGGAUCACUAUCAGGUUGGGGUAAUUGUAGAAAGGGACAAUUGGGUGAAAUAAUAAAUCCGUCUCUUAUCAAGCAGGGUGCUAUAUGGGAGCCCUGGUUCUUGCAAAUGGGAACGUUAAAAGGAAAUGACCAUUUUGGGGUUGGUAGAGAAUUCACUAUAAUUACGGUAAACGGGAAACCUCAUCUAUAUGGGAAGUUAAAUAAUCUGAACAUUGAAGAUAUACAAAGUCUUCAAAAAAUUCGAAAUGUUAAAACAAUGUGGUCAUCAAUUCAUUUUCAAACUGAUGACAGCUUUAUCUCAUUUGGAAUAAAUAGUCAUGGUCAACUCUUUGAUUAUAAACCGAAGAAGCAAUUUAACGCAGCUCAUGUUGAUUUCGAAACUGGGAGUGAGCAUGGUUUACUACUUCUUGAUUCUGAAGUAUACGCAUGGGGUUGGGGAGAACAUGGAAAUUGUGGAAUUUCAAAGACAAACGAUACCAACACAUUUAAUUACUUAAAUCCAAUUUUCACUAAUGACGAUUCCGAAGCUAGUAAUAUCAUUUAUUUCAAGGCUGGUUGUGCUACAAGUUGGGUAGUUAUAGAAAUUAAAAAGAAGUAG